UCGCCGUCAGCUCGUGGUUUCAGUCGUUAAUGUGUUUGGAAACUUGCGACCGUUUGGCUUUAGGCUUUAAAAGCGUCUUCCCAGUUUCGUCAAGCGAAACUCUGGAAAUGUGAACCCCCCUUUUUUUUUUUUUUUCCUUUAUUGGCACAUCAGCUGCUGUCCCAUGACCACGUAUUCACUCUCCCCCCACAACGGACCGGGAGCAAUCCCAGAGUGAAUGCUGCUUUAUACAGAAAACCAGCCUCUGUGUAUAUUUAUCCGGCUUUUCGUCGCAAAUUAUAACUUCACUCAAAGGCACUGUUCUAGCAAAAAAAAACAAAAAAAAAAUGUAUCUCAGUUUUUAACCUGCAAACAAUGCUAGAGAAGCAAGAGAGGUUUCUGCUUUUUAGAAGUUGUAGCGGUUUCAAGGGGGGAAGAAAGCAACAGGAAAUGAAAAGUCUCUGCUGGAAACAAGGACUCCCUCCGAUCUUCACAUGACAGACACUGACCCCCGGUGACCGGAUUCCAACCAGGCUCUUCCCUCUCAUUCCCUCGGGAAGCUCGGUUUUUAUCACACCCAGACGUAUUCUUCAUUGUGGAGCCCCUAAUCUCCCCUCAUCUCGGGGGAAGCGGCUGCGUCAAUGGCGCUGUGUCUCGGACAAGUGUUCAGCAAGGCCAAAACGUUCAGGCCGAGGAAGCGCUUUGAGCCCGGCACGCAGCGCUUCGAACUCUACAAGAAGGCCCAGGCCUCGCUCAAGUCGGGCCUGGACCUGAGGAAGGUGGUCCAGCUGCCCGAGGGGGAGAACCUGAACGACUGGAUCGCGGUUCACGUGGUGGAUUUCUUCAACAGGAUCAACCUGAUCUACGGCACCGUCAGCGAGUACUGCAGCGAGCGUACGUGCCCCAUCAUGUCCGGGGGCCUGAAGUACGAGUACAGAUGGCAGGAUGGGGAGGACUACAAGAAACCCACCAAGCUGCCUGCUAUCAAGUACAUGAACCUGCUGAUGGACUGGAUAGAGUCUCUCAUCAACAACGAGGACAUCUUCCCCACCAGAGUAGGUGUGCCUUUUCCCAAGAACUUCCAGCAGGUGUGCAAGAAGAUCCUGAGCCGUCUCUUCCGGGUGUUUGUGCAUGUUUACAUCCAUCACUUUGACAGCAUCUGCAGCAUGGGUGCCGAGGCCCACAUCAACACCUGUUACAAACACUACUACUACUUCAUUUCGGAGUUCAGCCUCAUUGAUAACUCUGAACUGGAGCCCCUGAGAGAGAUGACUGAGAGAAUAUGUACUUGACGAGAAACACAUGGACAAAGGAGUUUACAUUAUGACGUUAUCUGAGCCCCAGGAGAGAACACCAUCUGUAAAGCAUUUCAAACAUUGGACAGCUUCAUGGAUUUCACAGCAUGCUGUGGGAGGUCAAUUAAGUCUCCGCUUUCCUUUGGAUGGUGGCGCUGUAUAUUUGCAGACCUUACACUUUGUGUGGUGCUAUAUCUUUAUACUCUAUGUCCAAGCGCAGUUAUUUUCUUUUCUUUUUUACUUGCAUUUCGUGUGUUUUUUUAUGUCUUGUGCCAAAGAUAUGACCUUUUUUGGUUCUAAAUGUUUUUAUUAAAUUUUUCACUGAGCAAGUUUUAAUUGUUACAAAAUAAAAGCACAAUAAUGCCAUCAAAUACACACCAAUCACAGACUAAAAAUUCAAGUUAGGAUAUAGAAAUGCUAAGUACAGACGGAUCACCAUAAGAGGAGUAAUAAAAAAAAAAAUUCACAUUAGGCCAUAAACUUACCAAGAAGAUCUGCCGAUAAAGGGUUAAAAGGAUAGCAUCUACAUCUGCUAUCAUAAUUUUAUUAAAUUCAGUUUAUUCUGUCAAAACAAAUGUUGAAUGUCGUCAAAAAAAGUCGACAGUUGUCAAGUACGUUUGAUCCUAACUAUCAAACAAUGCAGUCAAGUUCAGUUGAGAUUUGAAAUUUUGUUUAAAAAAA